CGACCCCGCCCUGCUCCGCGCGCCUGCCUGUUCUCCCGCCCCCGCUAACAUGGCGGCUCCUCUGGCCCUGGUGCUGGUGGCUGCCGUCACUGUGCGGGCUCUGCUUUUUCGCUCCAGCCUAGCCGACUUCAUCUCCGAGAGGGUGGAGGUGGUGUCCCCACUCAACGCCUGGAAACGAGUGGUCGAAGGACUCUCUCUGUUGGAUUUGGGAGUGUCUCCCUAUUCUGGAGCAGUUUUUCAUGAAACACCGCUAAUAAUAUAUCUUUUCCAUUUCCUGAUUGACUAUGCGGAGUUGGUGUUUAUGAUAACUGAUGCACUUACCGCCAUUGCACUGUAUUUUGCAAUCCAGGACUACAACAAAGUGGUGGUUAAAAAACAGAAACUCCUUCUUGAAUUGGACCAAUAUGCCUCAGAUGUGGCUGAACUCAUACGGACCCCAAUGGAAAUGCGUUACAUCCCCCUCAAAGUAGCACUGUUCUAUCUUUUAAAUCCCUACACAGUGUUAUCUUGUGUUGCUAAGUCCACUUGUGCCAUAAACAACACCAUCAUUGCUUUCUUCAUUUUGGCUACAGUAAAAGGUAGUGCCUUUCUUAGUGCCAUUUUUCUGGCCUUAGCAACGUACCAGUCUUUGUAUCCAAUCACCUUGUUUGUACCAGGGCUGCUGUAUCUUCUCCAGCGGCAGUACAUUCCUGUGAAACUGCAAAGCAAAGCCUUUUGGAUUUUCAUAGUACAAUACACAGUGAUGUACGUGGGAAGCCUGGUGGUUAUCAUCUGCCUCUCAUUCUUCCUCCUCAGCUCCUGGGAUUUCAUUCAUUCUGUUUAUGGCUUCAUAGUUUCUGUUCCUGAUCUCACUCCAAACAUCGGUCUCUUCUGGUACUUCUUUGCAGAAAUGUUUGAACACUUCAGCCUCUUCUUUGUCUGUGUGUUUCAGAUCAAUGUCUUCUUCUACACCAUUCCCUUAGCAGUGAAGUUGAAGGACCAUCCCAUGUUCUUCAUGUUCAUCCAGAUUGCUGUUAUCUCGAUUUUCAAGUCCUACCCCACAGUGGGAGAUGUCGCCCUGUACUUGGCUUUUCUUCCAGUGUGGAGCCAUCUCUACAGAUUCCUUCGGAACAUCUUCUUCCUCUCCUGCGUGAUGAUUGUCUGCUCCCUGCUUUUUCCAGUUUUAUGGCAUCUUUGGAUUUAUGCAGGAAGUGCUAACUCCAAUUUCUAUUAUGCCAUCACACUGACAUUCAAUGUUGGGCAGAUCCUGUUCAUCUCAGAUUAUUUCUACGCCUUCCUGCGGCGGGAGUACUACCUCACUCAUGGCCUCCACCUGAAGCGCCAGGAUGGGACUGAGGCCAUGCUGGUGCUCAAGUAGUGAGGGGCCAGCUGGCCCUGCUGAAGAUGGACUCCUCUGAGACCAAGCUGGGGAGAACUGGGGGUGGGCUGAGCUGCUGCGCCCCCUCCCCUCAUCUUGGCCCUACUUUGGGGAGGGCUUGGUUUAGAGGUCAGGGGGAGCUCGUGAUGCCUUCACAGACCUGGAUCCUUGGAACUCCAAACAAGAGAACAACUAUCAACAAAGGCCCCUUUGGGAAGUGAAGCCUUCAGCAUGGAGGAUGAAUAGUCCCCAAUUGGGAAAUGGCUGAGUCUGCCUUGGGCCCCUCCUCCUUGGGGAGCAGUGGAGGGCCUUGGGUGAGUUGUCUCUUCUCCCUGGAAACCACGGUUUCAGCAGGUCCUUCCCCCAUCAUUCCCCCAAAUCCUAAACCCUGUUUUGUCUCCCUUGCUUUCCAUAGAUUAUUCCUUGUCCACCUCAGCAAGGUCCAAGUUACCCGUGGUCUUUAUUCUCCCAGGCCAAAGUAUUCCUUCCUCUGCCCUUUAUUCUCCCAAGCCAAAAUCUAUUCCGACAUACCCUUCCCCUUCCCUUUCUCUUGAGCCUGGAUGGCCCCUUUCCCUGUGAACCUAAAAGUCAGGCAGAGCUUUGGUGUGUUAUUGAUGCUGAAUAAAUGUCUUUUUCAUAGUCAA